AUGUCUACUUCGGGUUUAACAAAAAGACGUGGUGGUGGUGGUAAUGGUGGUAAACAAUUGACUCCAAAACCAAGAUCAUCAAAUGAUUAUGAUGAAGACUAUAAUAAUACUAAAUUAGAUAAUAAUGAUAAUAAUAUGUCACAAGAUCAUAAAAUUGGUUAUGAUGAUAAAGAUAUAAAACAAGAUUUACAAAUUAAUUCUCCUUUGUUAACUUUGAUGGAAGAAGUUUUAUUAAUUGGUUUAAAAGAUAAAGAAGGUUAUUUAUCAUUUUGGAAUGAUAAUAUUUCAUAUGCUUUAAGAGGUUGUAUAUUAUUAGAAUUAACUUUUAGAAAUAAAAUAACAUUGAUUAAUGAUCCUGCAAGACGAAGAUUUGAGUUAAGUGAUAGAUUAAUUCAAGUUAUAAAUUCAGAUCCAACUGGUGAAGUUUUGUUAGAUGAAGCUUUAAAAAUAAUGAAAAAUGAUGAAUCAAAUUUACUGGUUACAAACUGGAUUGAUUUAUUAAGUGGUGAAACUUGGAAUUUAAUGAAAAUAAAUUAUCAACUAAAACAAGUUAGAGAAAGAUUAGCAAAAGGUUUAGUUGACAAAGGUAUAUUAAGAACUGAAAGAAAGAAUUUUUUUUUAUUUGAUAUGGCCACUCAUCCAAUUGCUGAUAAAACAUCAAAAGAAUAUUUAAAAAAUAGAAUAUUAUCAUUAUUAAUACAAAGAAAUAUUGAUUUAGAUUCAAUUUCAAAUGAUCAAUUUCCAAAAACAACUUCACUUAAAUAUUUAAGAUCUAUUGCAUUAGUUUGUGGUGCUUAUGCUGCUAAUGUUUUAGAAAAUAUUUUAUUAUCUUUAAAUUAUGAUAAAAGAGAUCAAGCAUUUGCAAGAGCCGAUGAAUUAUUAACUGAUUUUAGUGAGUAUCCAUUUAAUUUGAAUCAUCAAAGUCCUUUAGGAUUAGGUUUAAAUUUAGGUCAAGAAAUUUCAAAUGAAAUUGAAAAUUCUUCAUUAACUGAUUUACAAUUGGAGUUAAUUGCUGCUGUUCUAAGUGUAUUUGCAAGAAUGGAUUCAAUUCUUUAA